AUGGAGAAUAUUGACCUUGAUCCCUCGAAGCGAUCAGACUUGACACAGAGCGAAGCGGAUAUUUUUCGCAUUUUGAACAAGGCCUUGACAUCUCUAGUCGACCCCGCCGCGGCAUCGGCAUGUCUGGCCAGGUCCCUGCGGGCGCACAUCUCCUCGCAGGCAUCUGAAUCUUCAAAAAUCGCCUCUGCAGCUCUGUGGGAACUAUGGGCCAUAAUACUGGAGGUUGUGUGCACUGUACAUAUCGAUCAUCCGUUGCAUGAGGUCCUCAUCGCAGCUGUUGAUGAUCUCCGAGGGGAAGGUGGGGCGGUUGUGGGCAGCGAUUUGAGUAACAAUCCCCACCAAACAGGCGACUCGAUGGUAAGCAAGCUCAAAGCCACAAGUUUGUUCUCUGCGCGCAAUUCUAACAUCAAGGAAGACCCCACAGAUCUCGACGACCAUUCAUCCGAGGAUAUUGAAGCCUGGAAGCGGUUCAACUCAUUUGCUUCUCGCCUUGUCUCUCAUGACUUUCAGUCGUGGAUCGUGCUUGCUUACUGGGAGAUAGCCGGCGGCCUGGAGACUGUUCCACAAGACGCAACCGUGUUUGAGUGCAAAAUCUGGGUCGCGACGGAGUGGUUAAUCCAAUGUGGGACCAUUCUCUUCGAAGACCUAAGUUCCACUGAAGAAUUGGAUGCUCGUGAGUUGGCAUCUGUCAAGCCUGGGCCUUUGUGUCAGGACAUUUCCCCACACAGCGUUCAGAGAUGGGAUUUCUGGCAGUCAAGGCUCGUGGAACUCGCCAACAAUAAAUUCUCCAACGAAACUGCCCUUGAGGACUUUUCGCUGAGUGCAUCCUCCCUGUCGCGUCUCGAGCAGGCUAUUACCGCGACACAUAGAUCGCGGGAUAGAGUUGGAACUGAAGGGCGAGCAUCAAGAGACGAAGAUAGCAGCGAGACUGUGGGUAAUUGA